ACCCGCUUGGAGGAGGUUUGGGGUUGCUCUGGCUGUAGCUAAAGCAGGCGUCGGGGGAGAAUCCACAGGAGGGAACCGCCAUGGACGAUCAGGGCUGCCCCCGGUGUAAGACCACUAAAUACCGGAACCCCUCCUUGAAGCUGAUGGUGAAUGUGUGCGGGCACACUCUGUGUGAAAGUUGUGUGGAUUUACUAUUUAUGAGAGGAGCUGGAAACUGUCCUGAAUGUGGCACUCCACUUAGAAAGAGCAACUUUAGGGUACAACUCUUUGAAGAUCCUACUGUGGACAAGGAGGUUGAGAUUCGGAAAAAAAGUGCUAAAAAUGUAAAUAUUAUUGUUUGGAUAUACAAAGAGGACUUUACCAAUUAUUUCAUUUUUCUAAUUCUUUACAGAUACAAUAAAAGAGAAGAAGACUUUCCUAGUCUAAGAGAAUAUAAUGAUUUUCUGGAAGAAGUGGAAGAAAUUGUUUUCAACUUGACCAAUAAUGUGGAUUUGGACAACACCAAAAAGAAAAUGGAGAUGUACCAAAAGGAAAACAAAGAUGUCAUUCAGAAAAAUAAAUUAAAGCUGACUCGGGAACAGGAGGAAUUGGAAGAAGCUUUAGAGGUAGAAAGACAGGAAAAUGAACAAAGAAGGCUGUUUAUUCAAAAAGAAGAACAACUGCAGCAGAUUCUAAAAAGGAAGAACAAGCAAGCUUUUUUAGAUGAACUGGAGAGUUCAGAUCUCCCUGUUGCUCUACUUUUGGCUCAGCAUAAAGAUAGAUCUACCCAGUUGGAAAUGCAACUUGAGAAACCUAAACCUAUAAAACCAGUGACAUUUUCCACAGGCAUCAAAAUGGGUCAGCAUAUUUCAUUAGCACCUAUUCAAAAGCUUGAAGAAGCUCUAUAUGAAUACCAACCACUGCAGAUAGAGACAUGUGGACCACAAGUUCCUGAGCUUGAGAUGCUGGGAAGACUUGGGUAUUUAAACCACGUCAGAGCUGCCUCUCCACAGGAUCUCGCUGGAGGCUAUACUUCUUCUCUGGCUUGUCACAGAGCGCUACAGGAUGCAUUCAGUGGGCUUUUCUGGCAGCCCAGUUAACCUUUAUUUCCUUUAUAAGAUUUGGACCUUGGAGCCGAACCAGGGAACUAGCAAAAGUAAAGCAGACUUGUAAAAGUAUAGCCAUAUGCAGCUGCACCACAACGGUACCACCACAUUAGCAGCCGUGUUAAAGUAUUUAUAAGAGAAAAUUUCAGAACUAAGCUGAGUAAUAUAGUGGACAAAUAUAUGUGAAAAAGAUUUAUUUUUUACUUAUAUUUUUCUGAGAGGGAUUGAAGCUGUAAACUUCAUCUGAUGGAAGAUAUGAAUAAUUCACUUAUGUAUGCUUGAGGUUGACAGACUUGUAAAAUCUUUUUAAAAAUAAAGCUAGACUUUAUAUUAA